UAGUGGGAGGGUCCUUGUAGCAGCAGGAAACGCACGAGCGAACUGUUUGAGCAGCUCUGCUCUGGUCUGUCCUGCCUAGACUGACGGGAUUCCGCUUUUUAAGUAAUUUGAUAAUUAAAGCAACAUGUCGGCGGCGCUGGAGAAGCCCCAGAUCAUCGCGCACAUCCAGAAGAGCCUGAACUACACGGUGUUUGACAGCAGGUGGAUUCCCUGCAGCGCUAAGUUUGUUUGUAUGGGAAACUUCGCCCGGGGAACCGGAGUCCUGCAGAUCUACGAGAUCCAGCACGGCGAGCUGCAGCUGGUCAGAGAGAUAGAAAAAGCCAAGCCAAUCAAGUGUGGGACGUUUGGAGCCACAUCUCUCCAGCAGAGGCACCUGGCCACGGGAGACUUUGACGGCAAUCUCAACGUUUGGAACCUGGAGGUGCCGGAGAGCCCAGUGUACUCGGUGAAAGCACACCAGGAGAUCAUCAACAGCAUCGAUGGAGUGGGAGGACUGGGCAUCGGAGACGGGGCCCCUGAGAUCGUCACUGGGAGCCGAGAUGGCACGGUCAAAGUGUGGGACUCCAGGCAGAAAGACACACCUGUGGUGAACAUGGAGCCCAUGGAGGGAGAAACCAAGAGAGACUGCUGGACCGUUGCUUUCGGUCACGCUUUCAAUGACCAGGACCGCUGUGUGUGCGCUGGAUAUGACAACGGUGACAUCAAGUUAUUUGAUCUUAGAAAUAUGUCCUUAAGAUGGGAGACGAACAUCAAAAACGGGGUGUGCUCUGUUGAGUUUGACAGAAAAGACAUCAACAUGAACAAAUUAGUGGCGACAUCUUUAGAGGGCAAGUUUCAUGUGUUUGACAUGAGGACCCAGCACCCCACCAAAGGCUUCGCUUCAGUGUCCGAAAAGGCUCAUAAGUCUACAAUAUGGCAAGUCAGGCAUUUACCUCAAAACCGCGACAUCUUCAUGACGGCCGGUGGAGCCGGAAAUCUGCAUCUAUGGAAAUACGAGUAUCCCGCCCAGAGGACUAAAAAAUGUGCUGAGGAUGUAGACAUGGGCGUCGCUGGCUCGGUGAACCUCCUGCAGAACGUCACUCUCUCCACACAACCCAUUUCCAGUCUGGACUGGAGCCCGGACAAACAGGGCCUCUGCGUUUGCUCUUCGUUUGACCAGUCGGUACGAGUCCUCAUUGUGACCAAACUCAACACGCUCUGACUGGACUUCUUCACAUCUUCUGUUAUUCCCAAACCAAUGACUGUUUACACGCCACAUGUAUAUCUUAACUUCAUAUGUGCAAUUAUAUUUGAGUUAAUUGUUUGUUUGUGUUGUUUUUUUUUUAAGAAAACAAUAAUUCGUUAUUAUCCUGUGUUUGUAUGCACAAUGCGAAGGACUCUAACACCACGGUGAAUUAUUUUAUGACAAAAAGUAUCUAAUUAAAAAUCUACAUUUUGUCUUUGCA